UUUGGCGCGUAAACCUUUGAGCAGGUUCCGAUCAGCUGGAACAAAAAAACACAACAAUAACAGAAGCGAUUCCGGCCGCGUCGCGCGCGGGGACAGUUGGGCCGCACCUUUCUUCGGUUUCAAUGGAUUUAAGCGUUAAAUGAGCGAGAAUUUGGAUGUUAUUUGGAGUUAAUGACAAUACUUCCUGGAUGGAGUCAUCAAAAAGGACAAAAGCGGGGGAUAUUUUGGAUUAAAGUGUCAGAUGAGAACAGAAACCGGACUUGGGCUUUGUUCCGCAUCCUGAUCGGUUUAUAUCGUUAUAUUUACUUUCUCUACAGCCUGUUUACCGAUAUAAUAACACGCUUCAAACACGUUUACAAGUGCUCAAGUAAAAACAAACUCUGUUCGUUACAAAAUAUCGCAACGUCGUCAAUAAUUUGAGGAUUGCAUGGUAUCAUUUCAUGUUUUAUGCACUUUAAAGGUUGAGAUUGCAUUGCUAUUUGUAUAUGAUGAUGUUUAUUUAUGAUGAACUGUAUGUGUUAUGCUUUUCAGCCAUUUGCAAAAGCACUUCCUUAAAGCAACCACAACUCUAAACUCAUAAUGCAUGUGAAAUAUGUCUUAAACAUGCUUAUAAAUAACAUGCAUGGUCUUUUAAAUAACUUUUAUUGAUCUAAAGUUGAUUUUUGUUUUGCAAACUGAAGUUGACCUGCAUCCUGCCCUUGUUGUGGUUUGGGAGUCUCACCCAUAUGUUCAGUCAAGGCCUGUUUUUAACAUGGCUUAUCCAACUGUACUCUCUCUCAUGCAUGCAUUUUGAAAAACAACCUGUUUCCAUGCAUUGAAAGCCAUAAGGAUUGCAAGUAAACCCAGAGACUAAGUGACCCCUGCUGUUUUAGCCCGAUAUGUCUGAGAGUUUUAUAUCGGGUCAGACCUCGGAGGACCUGCUGGCGGAUUUUGAGUCUCUCUUGAACAAUGGCAGCAUCGAUCUCAGUGAAGAUCAUCAAAUUGUCAUCAUCUCCACUCCUGGCACGGCCUCGGCCAGCACUGCAUCCGGCGACAUCUUGCUGUUUGCCACCCCUCAUCACACCACCACUGCCACCACAACCCUGCCGGACCACCAGAGACCCACUUUGGGACGCCCGCCGGUGAAGAGAAAGUUGGAUUUGGACAGUGAUCAUCAGUACAUCUGCACGUCCCGACCUGCUUCACAUGGACCAGCACCUCCAGCCACACCCGCGCCUCCCAGAGUGCCUAAAGUGGCUACGGAGAAGUCCCGCUACGACACGUCUCUGAAUCUGACCACCAAACGCUUCCUGGAUCUCCUGGCUCAGUCUCCAGACGGCGUGGUCGACCUCAACUGGGCCUCUCAGGUGCUGGACGUCCAGAAACGGCGCAUCUACGACAUCACCAACGUCCUGGAGGGGAUCCACCUGAUCUCUAAGAAGUCCAAGAACAACAUCCAGUGGCUGGGGAACCGUAUCGACGGGGCAUCCAUGGCCAGGUUCCAGGCGCUGCAGAGGGAGGUUUCUGAGCUGACAGAGGCCGAGGAGAAACUCGACGAGCUCAUUAACAAAUGCAGCUUACAGCUACGGCUCCUCACAGAGGACACGCACAACAAGAAGCUGGGAUACGUUAGAUGUCAGGACCUGCGUAACACAGUGAACCCGCCGGAUCAGAUCAUCAUGGUGAUUCGAGCUCCGCCGGAGACGCAGAUGCAGGUGUCUGAACCCACUGAGGGUUACCAGAUUUCACUCAAGAGCUCCAAAGACCCGAUCGACGUGUUUCUGUGUCCUGAGGACAGUUCUGGAGUCUGUAGUCCAGUCACUGAUUGUAGUCCAGAGAAAUCGUCCAAUCAGAGCCCCCCGCAGGCUCAUCCCAUCUCACAGGAAGUGACAUCAUCAACGCCGGCUACUCUCCCCAGUUCCUCCCCUUUACCUCUGGGUGCAGACUCAGAGUCAUUUCUGGACUCGGACCCGUUUUCGGGCAUUUGCGGGAUGCCAGAUUUCGAUUUGUCUCCUUUGGACUCGUCUGACUUCCUUCUGGAGCGGGGCGGUGAGACGGAUGCCAUGGGCCUCCCACUGGACAGUUUUAUCUGCCUGUCUCCGCCACACAACCAGGACUAUCACUUCGGCCUGGAGGAUCACGAAGGCGUCAGCGAGCUGUUCGACUGCGACUUCAGCGACCUCGGCCCUCUGGAGUUCUGACAGACGGAUCCGAGUAUUCGUUUCCCAGUGUGAACAGGAAACUGAUUCCACUUCGCUUUUGAAUCCAGAUUUGCUCAGAGGGCUCUGAGCAGCGCCAUUUAAUUUAUUAAUAGAAAUAAGUCGCCUUUAAAGGA